GCUGGCUCAGUGGGAAGAGCAUGGGACUCUUGAUCUCAGGGUCAUGGGUUGGAACCCCACGCUGGGUGUAGAUAUUACUAAAACAAAUAAAUACACUUUAUUUCUUUUUAAAUAGGGUACUUAAGAUGUACUAGGUUCUGUUUCUGGGCUACAUGUUCUGUUCUCUUGAUUUUUCUGUUGGCAGCUGUAUCAAUAUUAUACUUUAAAUUCUAUCCUUAUAGUAUAUGUUCAUAUCUGGUAGGAGAAGACCCCUCCCUCCUCAGCUUUAUGAAAAUCCUGUCAAUAGGAAUUAUGAUCUCAUUUAUGUGCCAGGUCCUGUGUUGGGCGCCACAGAGAAGCUAGGAACCACUGAGGCAGACCUGUGAGCCAGUGCCACACUGCAGCACUCUGGAGCACGGGUGACCCCUGAGGAAAGGCCCACAGAGUUAGCCAGUAAUCAGAGAAGGUGUGGCCUCUGACUGACUGGAGUAGGAGCUAGCCAGAGAAGCAGGAGGGACCUUGUAGGCAGAAGGAACAGUGUGAACCAAGGCCUGGGUGCUGGAGAAGUAUGCAGUGUCUCUAGGGAACCGUAUGCAAUUGGAGUUUUGAGUACUGGGGAUUGGGAGGUGGGGUGGAGGGUAGAGGCGGCUGGUGGUAGGAAGAGGUGAGACCACAGAGGGAGGCUGGCUAGGUCAUCGAAGGCCUUGGGGUGUCCAGAUGACCCCACGGGCCCUCCUGUCCUGGGCUCUGAAUUCUCCAGUUACUGACUCUCUUCCCAGGAACAUGUUCCCAGCCAACCUUGUGGAAGCCACAUUCAAACAGUACCGCACCAAGACCACCCCCGUUGUCAAAUCCCCCAAGACGGCAUGGGCGGAGGCCCCUCCUCGGCAGAUCCCGGUCUAUGGGGUCCAGGAAGAGAAUGGCUCUCGUGUUCAGAACUUCGCCCUGGACCUGACCCCGCCACCUGAGGUUGUUUACAAGUCAGAGCCUGAUACCAUCGACGGCAUGAACGUGCUGGGCAUUGUCAUCUUCUCUGCCACCAUGGGCAUCAUGCUGGGCCGCAUGGGUGACAGUGGAACCCCUCUGGUCAGCUUUUGCCAGUGCCUCAAUGAGUCCGUCAUGAAGAUCGUGGCAGUGGCUGUGUGGUACUUCCCCUUCGGCAUUGUGUUCCUCAUCGCUGGCAAGAUCCUGGAGAUGGAUGACCCCACGGCUGUCAGAAAGAAGCUGGGCUUCUAUGCGGUCACUGUGGUGUGUGGGCUGGUGGUCCACGGCCUCUUCAUCCUGCCCCUGCUCUACUUCUUCAUUACCAAAAAGAACCCCAUUGUCUUCAUCCGCGGUGUCCUCCAGGCCCUGCUCAUCGCACUGGCCACCUCCUCCAGGAAGCCGGGAGGAUCGGAUGAGCGCUGUGUGGGGUGGGGACAAGAUUCCGUCCCUGGCAGAGGAAGAGGGUGGUGGGCAGACACUGACCCCUCUGCCCACAGCUCAGCCACACUGCCCAUCACCUUCAAGUGCCUGCUGGAAAACAACCACAUUGACCGGCGCAUUGCCCGCUUUGUGCUGCCUGUGGGUGCCACCAUCAACAUGGACGGCACCGCGCUCUACGAGGCUGUGGCCGCCAUCUUCAUUGCCCAGGUCAACAAUUAUGAGCUGGACUUCGGCCAGAUCAUCACCAUCAGCAUCACGGCCACCGCGGCCAGCAUCGGGGCAGCUGGCAUCCCCCAGGCUGGGCUCGUCACCAUGGUCAUCGUGCUGACGUCCGUGGGACUGCCCACUGACGACAUCACCCUCAUCAUCGCUGUCGACUGGGCUCUGGACCGCUUCCGCACCAUGAUUAACGUGCUGGGUGAUGCGCUGGCGGCCGGGAUCAUGGCCCACAUCUGCCGGAAGGACUUUGCUCAGGACACAGGCACUGAGAAACUGCCGCCCUGUGAGACCAAGCCCGUGAGCCUCCAGGAGAUCGUGGCAACCCAGCAGAACGGCUGUGUGAAGAGCGUGGCUGAGGCCUCAGAGCUGACCCUGGGGCCCGCCUGUCCCCACCACAUCCCCGUCCAGGUGGAGCAGGACGAGGAGUCAGCUGCCACCUGUCUGGACCACUGCACCAUUGAGAUUAGUGAGCUUGAGACCAACGUCUGAGCCUGCAGGGCCGCAGGGGCCAGGGGAGGCCUCCAGGGUUAGGCGCCAAGGGCAGGAUCUCAACUCACCUACUUUUCUGAGCACCUGACAGGAGCCAGGCUCACACACUCUUCCCACCCUUGAGAGGCCAGAAUGAGCCCCACUUGUCGGACAGUGGCAUCCCAGAAAGGGAAAAACUGCAGGUGGGAGCCCCAGCUGGAGAAUGAUGAGCCGGCAUGGCCUAAGCCCCGGCUGUGACAUGUGUACUGUGAUGGCCUAGGAGGGUGGCAGGCAGGCACUAUAUGGUCUCACUUUCUGGAUCACACAGUUGAGGAUCUGUGAGCUGAAAACACUCACCCCAGGUCUCAGAGCAAAUAAUGUCAGGGCCAGGACUCUAACUCAAGUCUUUCAAGCCUUGGCCACUCUUUCCCAGAGAACGGGGGCCUGCAGGGCCAGAUGCCAAGGGUUUCUGCCCCCCUCCAGGAGCUCUGCAGCCACCACUACCUUCACUUUAUGAAGACGUAACAGCCUGGUUCUGCCCCAGCUGUGUCCCUGCCCAGGCCCGUCCCCCUCCCUGCCCUGUAACACGUGGCCUCAGACAAACAGCUCUCCCCAAGGACAGCCCAGCCAAAGGCCAAGGCCCACUGCCUGCCACGUGCCACAGCCCAUCCCACCAGCUGUCUCUCACAAAGCUCAGCCGACGUGGAGAGGGGAUGUCUUCAGAAGAGCUGCAGGGACCCUUAGAAACAUCUGGGCCAGCCUGCCACAGGAUAGGUGGGCCAGCCAGGACUGGGGAGGCAGGCGUGCCUGGGAUGCUUUGGUCAAGUUGCCCAUGGAGCCCUGGGGUCAGCCCUCUACGCAAGCCUGUGUGAUGAAGUGGCGUUAGAUUUUCUACUCCUUACUGUGUUUGCAAAUUCAGUGAUAACUAAAUAAAGGUAUUUUGUUUUUUAAGUCUGUGGGCGUAGUGACCAACCCUGGCCAGCAUUUCUUUAUUGGGCUAAUAUAGGCUGUCUGCGGUGCAGACUGGCCCGACUGGGCAGCCAAUGUAGGGUCAGACCUGUCCAUGUAGCCAGAGGAGAGACAGGUCUAGUUGGCCUGGCAGUGUGUGGACAGGCCUGCCUGGGCAGCCAGAGUGCAAACGAGCCUGUCCUGGGGGCUGGAAUGAAGCCAGGCCUGUCUGAGCUGUCAUAGGCAGGAGGCAGAGUACGAAUCAGCUUGCCCGGGGGCCUGUCUCCACAGCCACAGUGUGGACAGACCACAGAGAUCAGUCCCCACAAAAGAGACAAAUUUCCUCAAAUAGUCUGGCUCCCUUUGGUGAAUGCUUUGCUUUCAGGAGGGGAUGUGCCCAAAGACAUUUCUAGACUCUCUUCCUCAUUCUCCUCAGCCCCAGGGUGCCUCCAGGAGGCUCACAGGGGACACAGAAGAGCCCUGGCCACACAGCCUGUUCUGAAUGGGCUCUAGGGUGA